CUCGGUGGGCUCGAGGUGGCUUGAGGACUCUGCACCAAUCCAGGUACGCAGAGCCCUCUGACAGGGGGAUCCCCGGCAGCCCAUUGGCCGCCUCCGUGGGAUGUAUCUGCUAGGAGGGCGGGCCCUAAACGGGUGCAUCAGUUUGGGCUCGUAGCCGUGCUACCCUGAGAAGCAUCUCUGCUGUGCCGAGUGGCGGAGGUACGGAGGAGAGUCCGAUGGCAAUGCGCUCCCCAGCCAGCUCCCCCAAGCAGAGGGACGCCAAGAAGAUGCCAAAUGGUGACCACACAGGUCAAGGGGAAUGGGGCCGAGCCUGGUAAGAUUCUCCUUCCAGUCUGGGGCUUUGGGAGGGAGAGCCCCAAGGCCGGGGCAGGGUGGCCGUGCUUUGGUGGUAGCUGAUCGGAGAAGACCUUGGGUCCUAGCCGAGUCUCAUUUGCCUGACUUUUCGUAAAGCUCUUUCCACGGGAGGUGGACUGGUUCUCCUUGGCCAGCAUCGUCUUCCUGCUGAUGUUUGCCCCUCUCAUCGUUUAUUACUUCAUCAUGUCCUGUGAUCAGUACGGCUGUUCCCUCACUGCGCCCGUGGUGGAGAUGGUGACCGGAAAGUCCAGCCUCUCGGACAUCUGGGCCCAGACGCCGGGCGUGACAGCCAGAGCGGCUCAAAUCUACAUCGCCUGGGUCACUUUUCAGGUGGUUUUGUACAUGAUGAUUCCUGAUUAUUGCCACAAAUUUCUGCCUGGCUAUGUGGGAGGCAUUCAGGAAGGGGCUGUGACCCCUGCAGGAAUUGUAAACAAGUAUGAGGUCAAUGGGCUCCAAGCCUGGCUCAUCACGCACCUUCUGUGGCUCGCAAAUGCUCAUGUCUUUCACUGGUUCUCUCCUACCGUCAUUUUUGACAACUGGAUACCGCUGCUCUGGUGCGCCAAUAUCCUUGGCUACACGGUGUCCACGUUCGCGCUCGUCAAGGGAUACCUGUUCCCCACCAAUGCCAAGGACUGCAAGUUCACAGGCAACUUCUUCUACAACUACAUGAUGGGCGUGGAGUUCAACCCCAGGAUAGGGAAGUGGUUUGACUUCAAACUCUUCUUCAAUGGCCGCCCGGGCAUCGUCGCCUGGACACUCAUCAACCUGUCGUUUGCGGCCAAGCAGCAGGAGCUCUUUGGUUCAGUGACCAACUCCAUGAUCCUGGUCAACGUCCUGCAGGCUCUUUACGUGGUAGACUUUUUCUGGAAUGAAACCUGGUACCUGAAAACCAUCGACAUCUGCCAUGACCACUUUGGCUGGUACCUGGGCUGGGGUGACUGCGUCUGGCUGCCUUACCUCUACACCCUCCAGGGCUUGUACUUGGUCUAUCAUCCUGUGCAGCUCUCGACACCACACGCGCUAGGGGUCCUGGUGCUGGGCCUCGUGGGCUACUACAUCUUCCGGGAGGCCAACCACCAGAAGGACCUCUUCCGAAAAACCAAUGGGAACUGCCAGAUCUGGGGCCAGAAGCCCAAGUACAUCGAGUGCUCCUACACGUCAGCCGACGGACGGAAGCACCACAGCAAGCUGAUGGUGUCGGGCUUCUGGGGCCUGGCUCGCCACUUCAACUACACGGGGGACCUCAUGGGCAGCCUGGCCUACUGCCUGGCCUGUGGCUUUUCCCACCUCCUGCCUUACUUCUACAUCAUCUACAUGUCCAUCCUGCUCGUCCACCGCUGCCUACGUGAUGAGGACCGCUGCUCCCACAAAUAUGGCCGUGAUUGGGAGCGCUACACCGCCACCGUGCCCAAGCGCCUGCUGCCUGGCGUCUUCUAAGGGCACUUGCCUCUGUCUUGCCAGCAGGCUGCUGGGCCCCCGUGUGGGAGCUCACCAAAGCUCCCUUCUCAGCAGCCACUUGGCCAGGGUGCUGUGGCCAGAUUCGUGGUCAGAAGGGCAGUUUGGGGAGUCUGCCGGGAUCCUUUGAUUCCUGGUGCUAGCUGGGAUUCUCAAUAGUGGUAAGAAUAAACUCACUUUAUGAACCAGACUCUGGGCAGCUGAAUGGGAAAUGCUGCCUUGGGGGUGGGGCUGCCGAGUUAACUCAUGCCCUGGGCCUCCCCCAGCUUCCCCAGGUAAUCUCGGAUUAGAAGGCAAGUUGUCUCUACCCGCCUUGACCUUGGGCCCCUGCACUGAAUCUUCUUGCACAAUAUCUUAGGGUCGAAAUCGAUUUUUUUUUUUCCCUCAGUAAAUCAAAGGAGUCUUUUUUCACCCUAUCUCUCUUGACUGAAACCCAAGGCUUUAAUCCAUUUUUUAUGCACCUACUGUAUGCCAGACACUGUGCUAAGUUCUGGUGAUACAAAGAAAGGCAAACGACCAUUCCUGCCCUCAAGGAGCUCCCCGUCUAGCGGGGAGUGCCAAUGUGCAAACAGCUGUGACCAACCAAGAGAUGGACAAGAUCGACUGGACGCCACCUCGGAGGGAGGGCACCAGGAGGGCUUCCUGUACACAGCAGCACUUCCCUAAGGUCUGAGGGCAGCCAGGCGGCGGGAUGAGAAGGGAGAAAGCUCGAGGCACUGGGGAACCAGAGGCUCUUGGAGAGAGAGCAGCCGGGAGACCAGCGUCACUGGAUGCAGGCUGUGUAAGGUCUGAGCAUCCAGGAGGCAUAGGCAGGGGUGAUGAUGGUAGCUAAGCAGGUUUGCUCUUGGAUCCUUGGGGGUGAUAAGGAUCCCCUGGUUGGGAAGACUUGGUCUUUCUAUUCAGCUGGUUGUUUUUAGGUCCAGCUCAUCGGAGGCAGAGCGCCAUGGCCUUGAGGUUGGGAUGACAUAGGGAUGUCUGUCUCUGCCAUAGACUAGUCUGGGAAACUAGGGACAAAUGAAGGUUUUUCUGUGCCUUGGGCAGCUCUGAAACUAAACCACAGAGGAGCUGCCAUCUGCCUCUGUGGAGGGAGUUUCCACACCAGCUGAGCUCUCUGCUCAGGUGAAAUCACAGGGUUGGACCCCCCAGAAAAGAAUUCCCCCCUUACACCCUCAUCGUCAGGGCUGUAAAGUGUGUCUGGCCCUCAGACACUGGGCAUCUUUGAAGCAAAACUCUGGGGAUGGAAAGGAUGCUGGUGACAUUCUGCCUUGGUCCAGGCUCUACUCUCGCCAUGGCCCAGAAGAAUGUUCCCUCUGGUAUUGAGCAGCUUCCUGAGAGGGCCCCCCAUUUCCACACUGCCCAGCCCCUCUGGGGGGCCAUCCCUGGCAGGAUUAAUCAAAGCCCCGGGGCUUGAAGGGACAGGAGUGCCUGAGGUCUGCCCCUUCUGGGCAGCCCCUUCCAUGUUCCCGAGCCAUCUUUGUGUCCCAGCACCAAGCAGAGUGCCUUUGUAUGCAAUGGUAUUCAAUAAAUGCUUGCUGAUUGAGAGUACUGAUUCUAAGAAAAGUCUGUUUGCCUAGAGCCUUGAUCUCACCUCUGCUGCUUAGAACCACCGUUACUGGUUCUGCCCAAAGAAAACAGUUAAAACCCUUCUACUCCCCAAUUCUCAUCUUCCUCGUGCCCUUCACCUAGCCGCAUCUCCAGCUGUAAUGAGCAUGGAGCAUAUGGGCCUUGGUUUUGGGGUGCUACCCUCCCUGGGGCCCCUGUGCCUUGCCUAGAGGGAGACCACGUGGCACUGGUGCCAGGGUCUUCCUGCCCACCUGCCUUGGGGGGACUUUCUAUAGGGCCAGACCCACCCUCCCCAAGGAUUUACAUCCCAGGUGGAAUAUUUCCUCCUUAAGCCUCUACGUGGCAGGGUCUUUGUCCUUUCUGGGUCCUGGGGGCCCCUCCAGAUGCUCUGCUGCCUCGGGUGUGUGGCAGCCAGGCCAGGGGCGUGCAGCCAUCACUGAAGCCUAAAUUCAUGUUCACUUUUCUGGUUCAGGGGCCUCCCCAAGCCUGUGCUUUCCUGUUGAUUUUUUUAAACCAAAAGUGAGACGACUUUGAUUCUUACUGAAUUUUCUCCUUCCUUGAGAAGAUGCUUUUGAAUCCUUCCUAGACUGGAAGCUCCAUGCGAGCAGGAGUGCGCUCUUUUCUAAUCUUUGUAUCUUAACACUGAGUAUUGCUCUGCGUACAGUGGGUACCCAAUAAAUAUUUGUGAAACAA